GCCGCCCGGCCUUCAGUCUUACUUGCAACUUGUUACCGUUAACACGCCUUGUUAUUACACACUCUCGCUUCAUCGAGCGUCAACACGCGAUAGUGCCUAACAAGUUGCGCGCCCUUUCUCUCACGCAGUGUAAUCGUGCUUUGGUACGUGAAUACAAAACCGGACUACUCUCCUGACACGAGACACCGCAAAGGAAUCCACAGCGAUUCGGAACUCUCACAUAUUUUUUAGGGAAAAGGCCUGGCCUGUCAAGCGCCCGGCCCCUGCCACUGCUCUACGGGGCUUCUACAACGUCGCAUAGACAUCAAUAAACACGUAGUCAAAAAGAGAACACGGCAUGACUGCGACGCACGGCGGAGGCUGUGAAGAUGACCGCCCCAUCAAGGACAACGUGUACACUAUCAAGCCAGGAUUUAAAAAUGAGGGGUUCCAGCAUGACAAGGACUCGAACAGUGAUAUUGUCAAACCUCCACCAAUUGAGGAAGAUUCCUACGCUUCCGGAAAGGUGGAACUCUCGAGAGGAGAAAAGUGGAGAAUUUUGAAAAAUGUUGCAGCGGUUAGCGCGGCCUUCAUGGUUCAGUUUACUGCUUUUCAAGGAACUGCGAAUCUUCAGUCUUCUAUAAACGCUCGAGAUGGGCUUGGAACUGUUUCUUUAAGUUCGAUUUAUGCCGCGCAAGUUGUUUCUUGUAUUUUUGUACCAACGUUCCUAAUAAAGAGGCUUACGGUGAAAUGGUCCCUAUGCCUUUCGAUGAUGUGUUACGCUCCUUACAUUGCUGCGCAGUUUUACCCAGCUUUCUAUACAUUGGUACCCGCUGGAGUAUUAGUAGGUCUCGGAGCAGCUCCAAUGUGGACAUCCAAGGCAACAUACUUAACCCAAGUAGGAAGUGUUUACGCGAAGUUGACAGACCAAGCUGUGGAUGGAAUAAUUGUGCGGUUCUUUGGAUUCUUCUUCCUUGCGUGGCAGACAGCUGAACUUUGGGGCAACCUCAUAUCAAGUUUGGUAUUCUCAUCGGGGGUGCACAGUGGUAACGUGUCUACGGACAACAGUAGCAGUACUCUUCUGACAUGUGGAGCCAACUUCUGCAUGAUCGGCGGUGGAGCUCAUGACAACCAAAACCUUCACCGACCCCCAGACAACGAGAUACAAGAAAUCAGUGCCAUUUACCUUGCUUGCGUUGUCGUAGCUGUUAUUAUGGUUGCAUUUUUAGUGGAUCCUCUGUCCAGGUAUGGUGAAAAGCAAAGAAAAGCAGACCCCUCAAAAGAACUGACUGGUAUUCAACUGUUAUCUGCUACCGCCUACCAAUUAAAGAAGCCAAACCAACAACUUCUUAUUCCAAUAACUUUAUGGAUCGGUAUGGAACAAGCAUUUAUCGGCGCUGAUUAUACACAGGCAUAUGUAUCGUGCGCUUUGGGUAUUCGUUCCAUUGGAUACGUGAUGAUUUGCUUCGGUGUAGUAAAUGCAAUUUGCUCCUUGCUCUUUGGCUCUGUCAUGAAGUACAUUGGACGCUUCCCCAUACUAGUAAUGGGGGCCGCUCUUCAUUUUGGCCUGAUUGUGUGGUUACUGAUAUGGAGACCUAAUCCUGAGACACCGACAACUUUCUUUGUGAUAUCAGGAUUAUGGGGUGUUGGCGAUGCUGUGUGGCAGACACAAGUUAAUGGGCUGUAUGGAGUACUUUUCAGACGUAAUAAAGAAGCCGCAUUCUCCAACUACAGGCUAUGGGAAGCUGCUGGAUUCGUUGUCGCAUACGCUUACUCAACACAUCUUUGCGCUAGAAUGAAGCUAUAUGUGAUGAUGGUCGUACUGAUUAUCGGCGUUAUAGGAUAUCUUAUUGUUGAAAUCCUUCAUAAACGGAAGACUCGUCGUUUAAAGGCGAUUGCUGAGAACCCCAUUGCAGCAGCUGAAGCAGCGAAACAGCCACCAGAAGAAGAUGAUGAAAAGGAUGAAAUCGAUGAUGAUAUUAUCGUAACUCACCUUUAAAGAGAAAAUCGAAAUGAUCAUAGAUCAUUGAGUGCUUGCACGCUGUUGCCAUAUACAAAACGUUUAGGUACAAAAUCUGCUGAUUUCUUUAUCUAUAUAAAUUAUUUUGUGUGAAUGACUGAAAUUUAAAGUACAAAGAGUAUUUUGGUGUAUAUUCCAUUUUUAAAAGCAGUAUUAUGCAUUUCUGUAUCGGUGAAAAAGACAUAACCCAACAUUUAUUUUUAUAUGGUCGAAAUUUUAAAGUAGAUUUUAAAAUAUCAGAGGCAAGCUGUAGAAGUAACAUUGUGUUAAAAAAUAUAAAAUUCACGAUAAAAUUUAUACUCAUUGUAGUUGGCAGAUAUGUUUCCAAGUGACUACAAUAAGUAUGAAUUUUUAAUUUAAAAAUCAGCUGUGUUUACUUACCUUAUUUACUUGAUUGAGCUCUUUGUUUCUUAUAUUAAUUGUAUAUCUAUUGAAGGAUGUUUGCACGAACAUAACGGUUAGACAACACUAACUUUUUUAACUCAUAAAAUUUCUACUUAUUCCGUGUAAAUUACAAGUAUAAGUCUCAAGGUUUCUGGAUAUAAUAUAAAAUUCCAUAUAUUUAUAUUAUAAUAUAUAUAUAUAUAUUGUUGUAAACACAGUAUCUAAUAUUUAAAAAUAAUUCCGAAUUAUGUUACUAUUAAACAUUUUCUAGAUCAAAUAUAGUAAUUAGUAUCCAUAAGUUUAUACCUAAUUAGUUUAAGCGAAUGUGCACCCAUUCCUAUGUUUGGAAUAGCGAUGUAGGUGAUUCAUUAUUUAGUUAAUAGUAUUUAUUGUAAGGAUUUUAUUUUAUUAGACUUAAUUCUAAUAAUAAUAAUAAUUUUAUAAAUAUUUUCAAUAUAGCAUGUUUAGCCUUACAUGCAUCCAUAUAAGUUAAAUUAAAAUUAUUUAUAAAAUAUCUACAAAGUUAAAUACGUAAAACACACACAUAGCUUCUCUUAAGGGUGUUUGAGGCUGGCCCUUAAUUGUAAUUUUCAAAUUUAUAGAGAAAUAAGACUAUCUGUAUUCUAUUUACAAAAACAAUUUUAAGCUGUUGUGUUUUACAAAGUAUUGAUUCGGGCAGAAAAUAACUUAGAACUUUUAGGCCUCGGCAUUAAAUGUUGAAAGGCAUAUAUAUAGAAAUUAAGGUACUAUGUAGAGAUAUACGCGGUGAGUACCAACUUAGGAUAACGAAACCACGUGAUAAUUAACAUAAAUUGUAAAGAUAUUAUGUUAUUUUAUAAAAUUAAUAUAAGUGAUUUGAAAAUAAUAACACAUGGUUUGUUUAUUUAGUUAUUAUAUUUCACAGUAAUGUAAAACGAAUUUGUGUUGAAAUAAAAAAAAUAUAACUUGUUGUA